AUGAAGUCUCUAUUGUUCACGCUUACACUCUUUAUCCUUCUGGUCCAGUUGGUCUCAGGUAAUUGGUAUGUGAGAAAGUGUGCAAACAAAACUGGAAAUUGCAGGAGCACAUGCAGAAAUGGAGAGAAAGUGAUAAACCCUCCUACCGGGAAGUGCAGCAAAGAAAAAUCAUGCUGUGUUCUGGAUAAUGGCUGUUCUGAGCAUUUGAUGAAACCCACUCCCAGUGGUGGUAGUAGUAGGACAUCUGCAGCUACAGGAGGAUCUAUAACAGGCAGUCUUUGA